UGUUAGUGCCAGCGGACCCCAGCGACUCUAGUAUGAUGGUGGCGGACUUCGUGACACGACAGCAGAACGGUUCGCCGUUGAACGGCGAAAUACCCGGCCAGAAUCACCACGCCAACUCCAACAUGCCCGCCCACAGUGCCUUGCUGAUGAGUAACAACAGUAGCAACAGUAACAGCUCGGGCCGCGCCAGCCCGCACACCUCGUCCGAGUCGGAGUUCCCGCAGAACGGGUACGAGCUGGCGGCGCACCUGAAGCGCAAGGAGCUGUUCUCGCAGCGCAAGCAGCGCGAGUUCAUCCCGGACAACAAGAAGGACGACAGCUACUGGGACCGGCGGCGGCGCAACAAUGAGGCAGCGAAGCGAUCGCGCGAGAAGCGCCGCUUCAACGACAUGGUCCUGGAGCAGCGAGUGGUCGAGCUGACGAAGGAGAACCACGUGCUGAAGGCACAGCUGGACGCGAUCAAGAGCAAGUACAACAUCUGCGGCGAGAACCUGGUGAGCGUGGAUCAGAUCAUGGCGACGCUCCCAACCAACGAGCAGGUCCUGAGCUCGACCAAGCGCGUGAAGCUAUCGAACGGUGGCGGCGCAGGCGGCCGAUCCACCAGCCCCGGUGGCCAGUCCGUCUCGAUGUUCCCGCUGUCACGCAGUCCCUCCCGCCAGCGGACCGCUUCACCGACGCAGUCGGAUCCGUCAGGACCGGCCGCAGCCUCCGUCACGUCCGAUGGAUCCCCGCAUCUACAGCUGGCCGGGCAGUCGCAACCCUCGCCAACGACCUCCUCACAACAGGCGCCAGUCAUCCACCCGAACCCGAACAUUGAGUCGCCCCCGCCACCCCAGGGUGGUGUGGCGUCGCCUCCGGUCCACUCCUCGACCGGGGCGAUCCAGCACACCGGCUCCCUGCCGGUGCACGCCAUCUACCGAUCCGGCACGUCCGCGAUCAUCGAGUACGAACGGAACAACGAGCUGAUCCACGGGAAGCUGGGACACGACGGUGGGGGUUCUCCUCCGCUGAACGGACGCAGCCCCUCGCAGAUACGCCUGGAGCUGCUGGAACGCAACCUGGACCUGGAUCACCAGCAUCAUCACCUCCAUCAGCAGCAGCUCGGGCAGCACGGGCAGCAGCAGCAUCACCUGCAGUCUCACCACCAUCCGCUGCAUCAUCAGCUGCAGCCGUCGCACCACCACCACCACUAUGGCCACCACCACCAGCGGGAGGUGAUCCGGGAGUCGGUGAUCGAUCAUCGUGGCGAUCACCACCACCCCAGCGCUCUUCAGCAUCAUCAGCUGCAACAGCAGCAACAGCAGCAACAGCAACAUAUCCAUCACUCCAACCACCACCACCGGGUGCUGGCGGCCAACGGUGGCCACGAGCUGGUGGUGGACGACCGUGACGAUCGCUCGCCAUCGCCCCCACCACCCCAGUCCGCGGCGACCCGCUUCGGUUCCCCCACGACGACCACCAGCCACGCCGCUUCGCCACCGGCAGCCACGGCCGCUACCUCCAGCACGAGUCCUUCCGGUUCGGCCGGAUCUCCUCCGGCCCACCUGCCGCUGGCGGCCCAUUCGCACCACUUCCCGUCGCAUCACCACCCACACCAGCACCACCCGCACCACCUACACCACCCGUACGUGGUGGGUGCAACGUCACCGUACGCCAGUUCCUCCACGUCAUCGCCGCCCGCUUCGGCUGCGGCCGUGGCUUCGCUUCCCGCCAGCUACACGACGGUGGCGGCGGCUGCUGCCGUUGCGGCGUACGCAGCCGGUGGCCUCUACGGAGGCUCACCACCCCGGCAUCAUCCCGCAGAGCUCCUGUCACCGAGCGCAGCCCUCACGCUGACGGCCAACGUGCUCAAUCUGAGCCGCCGGGCACCGUCCCCUUACGACACGGGAUCUCCGGCCGCCAGUGGCAGUGGGGCCAGCCCACCCCGCAGUGCAUCAUCCGGCGCGGAAGAUGAACCGGACGUGCGAGACUCCGGGCGGGAGCUCCACGAGCACGCCAACAGUCUGCCGGUAAAGCUGCGCCACAAGUCACACCUUGGCGAUAAGGAUGCGGCCAGCGCUCUGCUGGCGCUGCAGAACAUUAAACAGGAACCGGUCGGAUCGCUGCGAUCGAGUUCACCCUCGUGGGAUGACGGUGGAUGCUCGUCGGACGAACGUGACUCGGGCAUCUCGACGAACGAGUGGCCGACGAAGGCGGAACAGAAGAUGAUGCCUGCGUCACCGCCACCAGCGGCCAGCUCCAGCAGCGCCGGAGGGACGGCGAUCGCUAGCACGGCGGCCAUGAUGGCGGCUGCAGCCGCUGCCGCCGCCGCUGGGAAGAUCACCUCCAUCCCGGCGUCGGUCGUGAUCAGCAAGAAGACGGAGGAGAACAUUCACCUGCAGUCGAAGCUGGCGCGGCUCGAGUCGGAGGUGGCCACCAUCAAGAACAUGAUGAUCUCGAGCACGGCCGGCAGCGCGUUCGGUGUGACGGCGGCCGCCCAGUAGCAACCGUCGGGACGACGCCGCACGGGC